UUGUCCACCUCAGGCUUCCGUAGUCGGGGUCAUACGAACGGAUUGUUGUUGUGGCAGCUGGAACUCAGUUCCUCUUUUGAAAGCUUCCUCAGCGUCGUGCUCACCAGUCAAAUCGACUUAUCAGAUGUUCUUAUUUCAGGAAACAUCUCAUUAAGCGAGCCACGGUCACAGCGGAGACGUUACGCCGAUGACCGCUAACGACAUCUGCCGUCAUGCUUCGGUGGAUUUUUGGUGGUCGUGAAGCUCAAAGCUCCGCGGAGAAGAGCGGCGUGUUGCGCAUCGGCGAGGAGCAGCCCAAAAACCGCUUCACUGAGCUGCAGGUGCUGAAAGGACAUUUUGACAUUGUUCGAUUUCUGGUGCAGAUCGAUGACUUCAGAUGUGCAUCAGCCGGGGACGAUGGCCUGGUGCUGGUUUGGAACGUAGAGACGGGCGAGCGUGUGCAGGAGCUCCGAGGUCACUCCCGGCAGAUCACCGCCAUGGCCGUCUUCCGUCGCGGCGACGUCCGCCUCGUCACCGCCUCCUCGGAUCGCAGCGUCGCCCUGUGGGACCCCGACACUGGAAACAGGGUGCAGACCGUUCUGGACCUUCAGUCGUCUGUCAAGUGCAUCCUGGUGCUGGAACGUUUGAGCGCGUGGAUCUCCGCCGGCGAAGAAUUGUGCGUUUGGAGCAAAGACUUCCGCCUCGAGUGUCUCAAAGAGCCGCACAGCGACACAGGCGAGCGGCCAAACUUCCUUUGUCAUCGUCUUAGUGCUAUUAAUAUUCCUAUUCUUUUCCAUCUUUUGACAGGGAUUAGCUCGCUGAUCGAGCUGCCCAAGAACCGCGUUGCCGCCGCCGUGGAUAGAAGCAUUGUCAUCUACAAGCUAAUGCCGUGCGGCGACACCCUCUCCGUCGUGGAGGUCAGCUGCCUGGCGGACCACCGGGAUCAUAUUCGCGCCCUGGUCAAUGUCAACGAUGGCAUGUUCGCCAGCGGUUCGCACGCGGGCGAGCUGAUCCUCUGGGACGCGCUGGACUGCGGCGCGCUGGCCUAUCGGCACAUCUCGCGGGAGGAGCCUCAGACCGGCACGCAGUCCCACGUGGGCGGGCCCAAACCCAGCGAGAUGUCCAUUCGGCACCUCGCCUCCGACGGAAACCUGGUGGCGGCGGCGGCGGGCAGCGGCGUGUACGUGUUCAGCGCGGCCACCGGGGCGGCGGUGGCGUACAGGAAGCGCGCCCACGACUCCGACGUCCUGCACACCGCGCUGCUCUCCGACAGGUCGGCCGAGCCGAAGCGGGUCACGUCGGCCGUGCUUUUUUUGCGACUUUUGUUGCGUUUGUCGCGGCAGCGAGCUGAUGUCGUGCUCGGAGGACGGCAGCGUGAGGAUGUGGGACAUUCAAGAGCUUCCGUUAGCCGGAGAACCCGCCUCCCCAGGCUUCUUCGGGAUGUGGACCUUGGGGCGUUCCAGCAAGCAGACGUGUCCUGCGUCCAAGAAGACGCCGGACCCGCCCGCCAUCAGGACGCUGGAGUUGACGGGCGACCUCAUCGGACACUCGGGUGCAGUCCAGAUGUUCUUGGCCUUCCCGGAGAACGGCCUGGUGACGUGUUCGGCCGACCACCAGCUCAUCCUGUGGAAGAACGGCGAGAAGCGGUCGCAACUGCGCAGCCUGGCGCUCUUCCGGAAACUGGAGGAGAACGGCGGACUCUGAAAGGCGGGACUUCCUUUUGCAACGUCUGCCCGAACAAGAGAUGUCGUCGCGAUGAAGGGCGGACGUCCGGCUUCAAAUGUUGUAGCCGCGCAGGAAUGAAGUUGGAAUGUUGUGCAGUAAAAUCACAGAUUGUAAUUAGUUUCCACAGUAUGCAGCCACGUCUGAAUUUGGUUGUUCGGCUUCAGUGUAGUACCACUCUGUGCCACAACAUCCCGGGGCAGCACUGAGCUCUACUGGAAAAGAUCAUUCGGAGCAAGCAGAAGCUCCAGUAAUAGUCAUUGUUCCCACAGAGCAUUACAAAAUACGUGCCUGCGAGUCUCGUUGAAUGCUCUGUUUGUAUGUGCUGAUGCAUUUAUUGAAACGUUUAUCAUUACUUUAACAGCUAUGCUAAUUUCUCUUAGCUCGUUUACGGUGUUAAUGCUCUCACGGUUAGCAUUAAGCUAACACGAUGAUAAAAUGAUACGGUUUGAUUGAACAUUUUGGUGUUUAAAUGUACAUUCAACUGUAUUUUGUUUUCUGUCCAUUUUACAGUAAAGUGGGCGGGUCCAACAAGUUGAAGCAAACACACCUGGCCUCUUAUUUGCAGAACAGUGCAAUCGUCUUCGUUUCCUCAAAGUGAUCUUAUACGAAAGUCCUCAUUGUCUUGCCAGCGAGAGAGCGAGACAAGGCACA